UGCAAAUACGUGGAGCAGCUCAUUCUUCUGCUAUUUAAGUUCUUUGCUCCGCAUAGUCAUGGAAUCUGAAAUCAGAGAAAGUGCAGAUCUUACUGAUGAAUUGUUGACUCUAGAAGAAGCUGAUGCUCAUGGAAACGAUGAUAGUGAAGAUGUACCAUUAGAUGAGCCAUCACCAGAGGGUGAAGUUGAUGCUUCACCAGAAGAAAGUGAUGGCGGUCAUGCAAGUAAGCAAAAAAUUGCAGUGAACAUAAUCAGUGUAGAUGAAGUGACAUCUGAAGAUCCAAGCACAAGGAGUUUAGAUGAAGUGAAUUCUCCAGAAACAGAGAACAUUCCGUUGUCCGAUGAAAGCCCCGGUGAAGAAGCAGAACCAUCAAAACCCGCUAAACCACCCCCAAUUGAAAUCAAAGUGGGGACUGAAGAAGGAUUUCAGUCACAGCCUGUUGGUAGUCCAGAGAGUCAGAUGACAUGGAUGCAAACUAUGGGAGGUGCUGGAAGAAUGUUCACUGGUGAAGGGGAUACAGAAGGCGUGAUACCCCGCCAACCAAGUGUCAGCAACUUCUUUAAAGAAGACAUAAAAAGUAGUGACACAGAAGGGAAAAACUUUUUUGAUUCCUUUAUGUCCUAUGAGUAUUCAACUCCUCCAAGUUCUUUAACUGUGGAGUCUACUGAAACACCACUGCAAUCACUUCUGCCUGAGGAGACUGGCGAUGCAUGUAAUGCUCAAGAUACUGCCACAUAUAAAGCAUUAUUUGGGAAUAAUAAAGAAGAAGACCUUGCUGUUGACAAGGAUCAUUCCUUCCAGAUUGACUUGUCCAGUCCUGAAGAGGGUAGUCCUGAUCCAAGUGCCAUUACCCAAGAAGUUGAUCCAAUCAUUCCAGAAGUCAAAGAACUUAAACCAGAACCUUCUUCAGAACAACAGCAGCAGAAUCUCUUUCAAAGUCCACAAACGACUCAGAUCCCAUUCUUGCAAAAGACUGCUGGCGAUCAGGAUGACAUUUUUACAGCUGCCUUGAGUGGUGGUGAUAGUGAUCGUCGUCAUAAUGCUUGGAUACCAACAGAGAAAACUAGACAAGUUCUUAUUUCACGAAUGACAUCGCCUCAAGGGUCAGAGUUCAUUGAUAAGAAUCAGUUGACCAUGCCUGGGGUCAGUUUAGUGUCACUGAAAGAUCCUUUUCUUGAAUUAGUAGUCCGCUACAUGGGUGAAGUAGAAGGCACUAAAAGGUGUACUCUUGCUUUGGAUCAAGUGUCCAAGGAUGAAUUUGGCAUUAAACAGUUGUUGGAUAAAGGUUGUUUGAGGGCAGCUGUUGACCUUUCAGCGCAGCUUCUAGCCAAUCAUGGGCAAGGUAUUGGCCAAGUGGGACUACCAAGUAAGCAAUCACCUCAAUCUUUACAGUUAUGGCUAACACGAAUAGCAUUGCUGAUGAAACUUCGUGAGUACAGUAUUGCCGAAACUGAAUCAAAAGUAUUUGGGGAUUUUGAAAGCCCAGAUCUUUACUUUGAAUUCUAUCCGGAUAUUUAUCCUGGAAGAAAAGGAUCUAUGGUGCCAUUCUCACUCCGUGUCCUUGUGACAGAACUUCUUCAGUAUUGUGGAAAGCAUCAAGAGUCAAUGGACCAACUUUACAAGAUCAAAGGGGUUUGUGAAAAGAUUUUGUUGAACCUGCAACAGGACUUAGCUGAAGAUGGCAGUCAUGUACAAUUAAAAGAUGACAGUAGAAAAGCUUCUAUUCAACUAUGGAAGUCAAGAGAUAAGAGAAUUUUAUAUUCAAUUGGAAACUGUCUUUUAGCAAUGAAGGACUUCAAUAAAGCAGCUUCAAUAUUUGAGUCCCUUCUUGACAAAGAUGAAGACAAUGAUGAAGAACUUCUGUCUGGUAUUGGACGUAUACAUUUACAGCUGGGUGAUCUGAAGUCUGCACAAAGAAUAUUUCAGGAAUUAGAGAGUCGUUGCAUGAAGCGAAAUAAAGAAAGUGUUAAAGUAUUAAUGAACAGGGCUUUACUGCGUCUAUCUCAGCAUUCGUACCCUGAGGCAUAUAAACUAUUCUCUGAGGUUGUGAACAAGGAUCCUACUAAUCAUAUAGCCGUCAAUAAUUUAUCUGUGUGUCAGCUGUAUAUGGGAAAACUAAGGGAAGCUUUGGCAUCACUAGAAAACCUUGUACACAGAGACCCCGAGAAGUACCUUGACGAGGGCCUCAUUUUUAACCUGUGCACGCUGUAUGAACUUGAAUCAUCCAGAAGCAUGCACAAAAAACAGACAUUAUUAGGGCUUGUGAAUAGACAUCGUGGCGAUGGGUUUAAUGUUGCCUGCCUGAAAAUGUCUUAGGCUGAAGUUAAGGGCGGUCUACACUCUAGACCAGGCUAAUCCCCUGGUAUAAGCACACACCUAAUAAUCUUUAUACCUUCAUAUUAGAUAUUUAAUCAUUAAAUAUAUGUAAUAUGUAAGUGCCACAUUAAUAUGACCCAAUAAAUCUAGUUUCUACAAUCUGAAACUCCUUAAUAUUUCAAUUUCAUCAGAAGUGCAAAAAUUUGCAUCAUUGGAAGGCUGAUACUCGUUAAUUAUAUUGAACAAUAAAAAUAUAUAGACGUUUAUAUUUAGUGUAUUUCAGUUUGUAGUUCUGAUUCUUACUUGACAAUGUUCAGAGCCAUUGAAAUUAAUCUGUAUAAGCAGUUGGUAUAUGUGGUUACCAUACAUCAUUCAUAUUAGUAUUGAUUACUUUUGGGUCAUUCUGGCUCAAAUCAACAACCAUGCCCCUGUGACCCCCCUUGGAUUUUCCUUUAAAAAAUUCCAAAUAUACCCUUCUAUGUCAAAAGAAUGAAUCCAAAAUUAGUGUUUCCAAGUGGUUUUAAGUUGUGAUCUUUCGAAAUUAACAAGUUGGUAUUUGUGACCUUAUAUCCAGAACCCCAUUAUACCUUCAUUACUUUUAUGUAUGUAAUAUAAGCACAUUCAUUAAAUGUUUAAUUUUAACUUUCUUACUUAAAAGCAUAAUAUAAUACAGCCCUCCGAAAUAGCAAAAAUCUAUUUUUGCACAAUGGUUCGUGGGAGUUAGGGGUGCAUAUAACAUUCUAAUAAAAUAUGCUACCCAAAUUUUAAUGGUAUUUCAUGAAAGAGGGGCCAAAUAUCUAUGUAGCAAU